UCGUAUCAAAAACCCAGCGUCCCCACUGCAGUGCACUUCGAACGGAUUGUGGUCAAGGUUUUUCCCCCCUCACACGGUUUUACCUUGGAUCUAUAUCUUUGGAAUAUACACUAAGACGCUGCAUUCAAGAAACAGGGAAAUGCCUUAUUUCUUUAAACUGCACUGACCGCCAGGUGCCGCGCAGCUCUCCGUUGGCCGUGCGAGGGACAGCGCUCGGAGCCCCAUGGAGUCCAGAGUCCCCCACCACAUCCCCGGCGUCUCGUCCUCCAUCAUGGUCCAGCCCUUGCUGGACAGCCGCGUGCCCUACGGCCGGCUGCAGCACCCGCUCACCAUCUACCCCAUCGACCAGAUGAAGUCCUCGCACGUGGAGAACGACUACAUCGACAGCCCGGCGGCCAUCGUGUGCCAACAGCCGCACAUGCAGCCCAAGCACCUGGCCGCCAGCCGGCCGACCGAUGCCCACCCGCAGCCGCACCAACACCACCACCACCACCAUCACCACCACCACCACCCGCACACGCAGGACUCCACCCACCCGUGGAUCAGCUUCAGCGGCCGGCCCAGCUCCAUCAGCUCCAGCAGCAGCACUUCCUCCGACCAGCGCCUGCUGGACCACGCCGCCCCCACCCCAGUGCUGGACUCCGCCACCACCACCACCACCACCACGACCGCCUCCUCCAUCUCCACCUCCACCUCCUCCUCCUCCUCCUCCUCCUCCUCCUCCCUCCCGGCCGCUGCUGUCACUGUGGCGAACGCUUCCACUCUGGGCCGCGUCCCUGGCAGUGGCGGCGGCGGCGGCUUCCAGGCCAAGCUGCCCGGCGGCGCCAAGCCCGGCGCGGACCUGAAGCCGGGCGGCCCGGGCGCCCUGCUGCCCGCCGAGGCCAAGCACCUGCUGCUGUGCGAGCGCUGCGCCAAGUGCCGCUGCACCGAGUGCACGCUCCCGCGGGCGCUGCCCUCCUGCUGGGUGUGCGGCCAGGCGUGCCUGUGCUCGGCCCAGAGCCUGGUGGACGCCGCCACCUGCAUGUGCCUGGUCAAGGGCGUCUUCUACCACUGCGCCGAGGACGAGGACGACGCCGGCGAGGGCGCCUGCGCCGACCGGCCGUGCUCGUGCGCGCCCGCCCACCGCUGCGCCCGCUGGUCCUUCAUGGCGGCGCUCUCCGUGGCGCUGCCCUGCCUGCUCUGCUACCUGCCCGCCGUGGGCUGCGCCAAGCUCUCGCAGAGGUGCUACGACGGCGCCCGGCGCCCGGGCUGCCGCUGCAAGGUGCCCGCCCUCGCCAAGGCCGGCGUGGCCGGGAUUCUGGGGAAAAACGGGGGAAGCGCCUUGGACAAGCAGGCUUCGUGAUGGCCAGCCGGAGGUGGCGGGGAUGCCUGAGACGUUCGGCGCCGAUGGUGGACAGACUCUGCAUUGGCAGAGGAGGAUCUGAGAGGAUAUGUGCCACCCACAAUGCCACCCGCACCCUUACCCCACCCUCUCCGCCCCAAGCUGGCGGAGGCCCUCUAACCAUGGUACUUACUCACAAGGAUUCAGACUGGAUGCAACUCCUAGUGUCAUAGUGUGACAUCUCAAAAAGAGCAGUGACAACAUCGCAUAGAUUAGCCUGGCAAAAAAAAACAAAAAACACUUGCUUACUUCACAGUCCUGUUUUUACAAGUGCAGAUGAGAACUGUGGGGGGAGGCCGUUGCUGUUAGUUUUUCAGCGCCAGAAGGCUUAACAGCUCUUGUUAAUACUUUUUGGCCACACAUCAAAGUAGCCUACUCACAACUUGUAUCACUAUAGUGUCAGGUAUAGGAGUCGAGUUUCUUUCUUUAACGUUUAAACUUGUGUUUUGUUCUUUUUUUUAUUCUGGAGAAAAACAAGUAUUGCCCACACUAGAAGUAACAGGAAAAAAAGUACAGUGGCUUAAACAUAGCGUCUGACUUAGCUAAAGAAAGAAGUGAAUUUAUAGUGUAUGACAUAUUACAAUCACAGCAUGUGCUACCUUCCACUGCUAGGGUGUUGUGAAGCUUGUGUUUUGACAAAAGAUCUAACGCAAGCUGGAAUCUUCUGUUGUCAUCCGUAGCCAGUAGGGAGGUUGUAGUCAUAGGCCAUACUGUUCUAAGACAGGGAUACAUUCCCUUUAAAGGAGGCUCUAUUUAAAAAAAAAAAAAGAUUUUAUUUUUCUUUGUUAUUUUAUUUCUGUAUAAUGAUUAACAUGCAUUGACACCUCCCCUUAGAUAAUGCAUGUCAUGUCCGGAUGUGAACUUUGUCAAAGGUUAAACACCAGAUAGCUAGAUGUUUUAGUGAGAUGUUGCAGAUCCACCUCAGGGAUCACGUUGACCAUAGGAAACAGAUCAACAUGCAGGUUGAGUACGCUCUGCAUAAAGGAAACAACAUAAAGGAGAACUAUUCUGAAUUUCUGAGAGUUGGGUGGUUGAGGAGAGGGGUGGUAUUUGUAAGCUAAUAAUUGAUUGAGGCCUUAACCUUCCGUUAAGUUUGAAGGCAAGCCACAACGAUAGCUGAUCCCUCUGGUCUUUUGACAAAAUAAACCCACCAAGCAAACAUUUAGACUAACUUUUUAGCAGAAUCAAUACCCCUUAUAAUGGGCAAAAGCACAGUAUUAUAGAUGAUGGCCAAACAAUCCCCUCUCGGUUCGUGAAGCCCCUGCCCCUGUAGUCUACUACACUUAAUAUAUACCAAACAUAAUCUAAUAUUUUUGCUGCUCAGCUGUGUAUGUGUGUGAGAGAGUGAGAAAGAAAGAGUGUGAGGGAGUGAGUUAGUGUGUGUGUGUGUGUGUGUGUGUCAUAAAAUUGUAUCUAUUUUCUUCUAAUGUAUGUUAUUGGCUUAUAUGGUAUUCCGGAGAAUUUGCCAAAGGAGUACACUUCCACUACGUGUUUUUUUUUUUAGAAACAUCUUCAUUGUGCACCAGGUAGUCAAAAGAUGAAAAGUUUGAAAAGGUACUGUACCUUUAUUUUUGUUAGGAUGCCUGAACGGCAGAAAAGGGGCUCUGCCAAUCGACUGUCUGGCUUCACACCUUUUUGUAUGCGAAUGUCAUCACUCUGCCACCACCACACGCACCAGACGCUGCACAUGUUCCUGUCCUCACGUGUCUUGUUGCACCGAAAGCCGAAAACAUAACGAAAAAAAAAAAAAGAAACACUACUGUUCUUAGUCUUGAAUGUAUAAGGAGAAUUACAUUUUUUUUGCAGAUAAACCCGUGGAUAGGUGCCAAAAUAGUGAUAAGUGGUGAGGCUUGCAUAGUUAGGGAAGUUGCUAACAUGUCAACAAUCUGUCGAUAAUAUUAGAAACAGACCUAUGCAGGUUACAUGUUGUAUAUAGUUCCAAGAAUCUAGCAAUCUUUAGGUGAGUUCAAAAUGUCCUGGAAAUUGCAUGGUACAGUGUAAUAAUGAUUCUUUAAAACACAAACAUAUGAAUAUAUCUAUAUACAUAUAUAUGCAUAUAUAUGUAUGUAUAGAGAGUUAAAAAUAGAUUAUAUAAAUAUAUAUAUAUUUUUUUGGCUAACGAUUGUGGGUGAUGGAAAAGACGAGGGCACGGAAAGGUCUUUUAGUACAAGCACUUGAUUUGGAGAAGUGUAGCUAGGCAAUAAAAAAUACCUCUUAAUGGUGUCUCUGGCCUGUUUGAGUGAGGUGCCAACAUUUGGACCUUGUCCUUUAGUUUGGAGAUCUCAUUUAGUCCCCAGUAUGUCUGCUACCAACAGUCCCACAUCCAGCCACUCAUUCACUAGUCACUGCUGCAGUCCCAGAGCAACACCACCCCCACCCCACCCCGCCAAAAAAAGAAUCUUAUGCUACAUCCUCUUGUCUUGAUUGACAUGUACAGCUGUGCUGCGUAACUCUGGCAAAAACCUCUGGAUGGGAUUGAACGUCCCUCUCGAGCCACAUUCCAUUCCAUCUGAUUCACCAGUGAAUCUCUUAGCUGCUCAAUGUCCGUCUUUCUGUCUCUCUCUUCCUCUCUCUCUCUCUCUCUGUCCUGUUUUUCUGUUUAUCGUUUUGGCUCUCCUUUUUUUUGUGGCUCGGGGGGAGACGGCCCACUGGCUCCCCUGGUCCUCUGAGCGCGCUCUCAAUCAUCGCUCCCCCACAGGAAGGGAACAUUCCAUCCCCUCGCCAGAAUGCUGUGACUUCAUCUCCUUCUGUUCCGUGGUGCAGCCUUUUGGCUAGGAGUGUUUUAGCCAAUGAGAGCUUUUUAAUUCACUCAAGUAAGCAACACUUCCUUUGUCCGUGCUCCAUGGAUUCUUCUUUUUGUCUUUCAUUUUCUAUUUUCUUUUUUUCAACUUUGCAUUGUCGAGGGAAAAGAGCUCUAUACUUUUUCGUUUUGUUUUAAGAUGACAAAGCAAAACCUCCCAUAUAAAAUGUCUCUGUAUAGAUAUAUUUAUUUUGAAGUUCUAUUUUAUAUAGUAUUUAUUUAGAUGCCUACUUUUUGUUUGUGAAUAAAAGCUUAUGUCAAAACGGAAUGUACAUUGAAA